CCAUCUGCUUCAUGAACAUGAGCCGACUGCUUUCUCUGCUUCCCCGAGCGUCUUUGAGCUGUUCUGACAUAUGCGCUCCCUCUCUGCUCCUCUCCCUUUUGCUUUUCAUUCUGCCUUUUUGCACGAGCACCUCUCCACUGCUCCGCCGCUCUCUGCUCUCCCUCCAGGACGGGAAAAGGAGCGGUAGCAGGGAGCACCAGCGAAGAAGACUGACCACAAUAACAGGAAAAGGAAGUGGGCUGUGACCUGUGUGAGAUAGGACUGCGGUCAGACAGCGGUUUGUGGCAGCUGGUUGGGAAAACCACAUCAGAGGCAGCAGAGAGAGACCUGACGGACUCUCACCUGCGGGAAAAACUUUUAGAAGCUGACGAAAACUGACAGGAGGAUGGAAAAAACUUUUUAACCUUUUGAGAAAGAAAAAGCACAAAAGAGAAGUUAUUCUUGUCAGAGACUGGUCCCGUACGCGGGAGAUCGCCUCAUCCUUCAGCAUCACAUACUUUAUUAUCUGGUCCACAAUGAAGAGAAGGAUUUGUACAGAAAGCUGAAAGUCAAGCAGCGUGAGAAAACCCCAGCGGCACACGGACACCUGCUGCUCAGAAAAACCAGCUGAAGAGAAGAGGACGGCGCAGGAAGAGGCAGACAGCGGCUCCGUAGGCGGCUUCACCCUCUGUUGAGCUCACGACCACCUACCGGCUUCUAAUCUCCAGCACAACCUGCCAAAUUAGUUGUGUAACCUCAGCUGGAGUGUGCAGGGAGGCGGCUUCAAGGACCCGGGCUUCAUUCUGAGCCAGAACAAGGUGUCGUCACCUGCGUCGCCUUCGCUGGGAGCAUCCGUCUGGGCGAUGAUGGCUCGGUGCCAGCUGUGGACCGCUGGGCUCAUGGUCACGAUGGUCUUCUCCAUCUCCCUCACCGUCGCUCAGGACUCAGGCCUUCCUGACGCUGAAGCGAAGCAGCGAGGCUCUGGUGAGGUUGUGAGGAGGGAGUCAAAUCCUUUGCUGUCCAGGAAGAAGAGACACUGGAUCUGGAACUCUUUGUAUGUGGAGGAGGAGAAACCUGUGUCGUCUCCCUACAAGAUAGGACAACUGAAGUCGAGCCAUAAACUGGAGGUGAUGAAAUUUGAAAUAGAAGGUGAAGGGGCAAACACCAUCUUCUUGGUGGGUGACAAUGGAGACCUGCUAGUAACCAGGGCGCUGGAUAGAGAGGAGAAGAGCACGUACAAUUUAACCGCCAAGCUGUACGAUGGCAACCACAAGCUGAUCGAGGACAGUGGGGAGUUUGUUGUUCGGGUCACUGACAUCAAUGACAACAUCCCCAUUUUUCCCAAAGAGUACAAAGGUUCCAUCAUGGAGAGGUCCCCAAUAGGGACCAAAGUGGUCGAGGUCACGGCAACCGAUGCCGAUGACCCCACCAGCCCUAAUGGAGAGCUCAGGUAUUCUUUGAUCAACGAUGGAGAAGGUGCCUUUGAAAUCCAAACGAUAUCAGGUUUGAUCAGCUCCAAGAUAAACACUCUGGACCGGGAAACCAAGAGUCAGUAUGUGGUGGUGGUUAAAGCUCAGGACAUGAGGGGUUUACCCUCCGGCAGCACAGCCACCACCUCCGUCACCAUCACCAUCACAGACGUUAACGACAACAUGGCUUCUUUCAGUAAAGGUAAAUACAUGCUGCAGGUUCCAGAGGACCACAAGCUAAAAGAGAAGAUCAGCACUCUGGAGCUGACGGACAGAGAUCAGAUCCAGAACAAGGAACCCAUCGUCACCAUCCUGGGGGACUACAGCAGGGUGUUCGGUGCUGAGCUCAACCCAGGGAAGAACGCCAACCUCAUACUCAAGCAGCCUCUGGACUAUGAAACAAUGAAGAGCUACACAUUUACUGUCAAAGUCCAAGAAAACCUGAACCUGCGUUUACCUGCUGACAACGUGAACCAAGCCCUGACCACAGCCAUGGUAAUCGUGGAAGUCCUAGACGUAGACGAGCCGCCGGUGUUCUCACAGCCCAACUACACUUUCCCCGUGAUGGAGGAGCAGCUGGUAAACGCAGUGGGAGUGGUCACCGCCAGAGAUCCUGACCAAGCCAACAAGAGAAUACGGUACUCUGUGCUGCAGAAGGACUGCCCCGUCGACAUCAACCCUCACACAGGGCAGCUGUUCUCCUUGAGGACGCUGGACAGGGAGGCGGAGAGCACACACCGGUGUCAAGUUAAAGCACAGGAGGAGCCAAGUGGUUUGGAGUCUUUUGUGGAGAUUAACAUUAAAGUUCAAGACAUUAACGACAACAAGCCUGAACUGAUGUCUGAGCAGGACAUCUUUGUGUGUGAGAACGACAUGAGCGACACGGUCAUAGGAACCUUGAAGGCCACGGAUAAAGACGAGCAGCCGGCUUCCUUCGCCUUCAAACUGGCCACCAAGAGCUCCAACUUCUCCCUUUACGACCACGGCAACGGCUCCGCCAGCGUCCUGGUGUUACGGGGCCCGUUCAGCCUGGACGACCCCAAGGACUACAGCGUGGACGUGUCCAUCAGCGACGGAGGCCGGCCGGCCCAGACCAGCGUCACCAAGCUGGUCAUCAAGUCCUGCCGCUGCGACGCCAGGCGGAGGCCGACCCAGUGCAAAGCCGGCGCCCAGAAGGUGGGCGUCAGCGUCCACGCCCUCAUCGCCAUCCUGCUCUGCAUCCUCACCAUCCUGGUCAUCGUGAUCCUGUUCGUGAUGAGGAAACGCUACCAGAAGGACUCUCUGGCCAAUAUGAAGAACAGCGGCGAGAUCCACGAGCAGCUGGUCACGUACGACGAGGAGGGAGGAGGAGAGAUGGACACCAACGGCUACGACGUCUCCAUCCUCACCUCCGCCUGCCACGACGGCUCCCUGCUGCGCCACGCGGACCACCACCCCCACCCGUCGCUCUACGCCGUGGUCCAGAAGCCCCACCAGGCCCCGCCCACCGCCUGCAAGGGCGACAUGGCCGCCAUGAUCGAGGUGAAGAAGGACGAGGCCGACCACGACAGGGACGGGAUCCCGUACGACACGCUGCACGUCUACGGCUACGAGGGCCCCGAGUCGCUGGCCGGCAGCCUCAGCUCCCUGGACAGCUCCUCCACCGGCUCCAACUUGGAUUACGACUUCCUGAGCGACUGGGGGCCGCGGUUCCGGACCCUGGCCGAGCUGUACGGGGUGGACGGAUCCGACUACUACCAUCAGUACUGAGGCCGAGCCGCCGACGACCGCACGAUGCCAAACUACACACAAACACACAGAUGUCACGAAAGCAGCCGUCAGCAGCGCAUUCACGUGAAGCAGGACGGAGCCUGGAACUCCACAGAGCUUCUGAAAACACAGUCAGGCUCUGGUUUCCAGUGUAACGCUCCCAACGCUGCUUUGAGUCUCCCCAGACUCCAGGAACCUCCAAGUUAAACCCAGAUGUCGUUGCUUUUGGAGAUUUCUCAUUCUUUUUGGUUUUUUUUGAUGACAUGGUGCCCUUUGAGUCUCCCCCACAGGGAGAGAGAGCAACUCCAGGACAGCACACGAUAGCAGAGAGUAGGAACUACUACUGAGACUCCUUCACACACCAGGAUUAAUUGUAUCCACCAUCGUGUGGCUGCAUUUUAUUUCAUCACCCAGUGUGAUGUGUGACAUCCUGUGAGUUCAUCUCACAUUAGUAUUCAGAUAUCACAUGUUUGCACUCGUCAUCUCCGUCUGUUUGAGACACUGACUAUGUCAUUUUAUAUGUUCCUAUAAAUGGAGGUAUUUCUAUUACUAAUGCACAGCGACCUCAUGCAUCAGUGUUUUCUUUUUGUGAUAGAGCGUAAGAAGGCGACGAGGUGAUUUUAUUUUUGGUCAGAAGUUGAUCAGUACAUACGAUCGUUAGAUGGGUUCAUUGUUUGAGGUGAAAGAAAAAAGGAAAAAACUGCGAGCAGCCAGGAAUUCGAACUCAAAGAGGGUUGAAGUGUUUGAUCACAGCGAGAUGCCGGCUGUGCUUUAUUCAUCUGAAAUACUAAAAAGGCUGAUCUUUAAGGAAGGUUCAGCUUUGAAAGCCCUCAGCGUUCAUCAGGCUGCGGCGUCCAGGCUCUCAUUUUGAGAUGCCCACAUUCUCAUAGCAUGAACUAACUUAUGUACUGUGUUUCCCUUGAUGCAACCUUCAGCGAGAGUUCAAAAACUGCUGCAUUAAACGUUCACCAUUCGCUUUUUUCACCUCAAACCACCUUUUCCCUCUUUGUUUUCUGACACCGACCAUCUGAUAUAAACGAGGAGUCAUUUUAUAGAGGAGUCAUUUUGUCUCCUGCUCUUUUGAGGAAAAAGGACAAUAGGCGGCCAGCGUGACACGCAGGAAACAGAGUUACUGCGCGUUCCCAGCUUUUAUUUGACAGAAGCCAUCAUCACAGUUAUUGUUGAGAUGAAAGUCCAACUCUCAGCGGUCCACUAGACUCAGACAACUCAGGAAACGCAGAGUGGCCGAAGCCGCUCGUUGUGCAGCUGUGAUGACUCCGCGGUGGCUCUGAUAACUUUCACCCUCCGUCCUUUAUGGCUUCUAUCAGGUCACAAUGUCUCUGAUCCAAACUGCCACAGCCUCUGCAUGAUUCUCACCGUAGUUAAACAAGUGACGCAGUGACAGAAAGCAGCAGCUUCUAUAGAAGCCUCAUUAUUGGGACGAGCAGGUGACAGACACCUUUAAGUAUGAAGGUAUGUGAUGAACCCAGCAGACACAAGGUGAGGGGACGUGACAUGAUGCUGUCCUGAACAGCCCCCGUUUUUAAAUGUGAUUUAAGAUUACGUAUGAAUAACAUAGUUUAUUUACUUUUUUGUUUAUUCUGUUUUGUUUGGACCUGAACUUCUUUCCUCUUGAUAAACAGCCGACACAAUAGCUGGAAGCCUUCUCUGUGCUUUCCUGUUGGGGUCCUAUAUUUACUGAAGCAGCCGGUUCCUCCUCAUCGCUCUCCUUUAAAUCGCUCCUUGUUUGACUCGCCGUAUUUCUCCCACACUGCAUUUCUCUCCGUCCUUUAAUCAGCUAAACCAAACAGUGGAGUCCACUUCCUGUCCAUCUGGGCUUCGCCCGCCCCUUCCUGUCGCUGUUAUCUCUCCCAGGAGCCAACACAUUGUGCUUUCUUCCUGUUAGGCCGGUGCGGGAAAAAACCUCGGGAGCGGAAAAGGGAAAAGAGAUGAGGUUAAGGGUUAAGACGCGAGAAGAUGAAGAGAACAAUGCCGAGCCCUGAUGAGUUUUUAAGCUGCGCUGCGGCAUCUUUAUCGAACCCACAGAAAAGUCUGUGAAGAAAACCACCAUUCCAGUUUGGUUUGCACUGGCGACGCCAUUCGCAUCACUUUCACUUUUGACUUGUUGUAAUGCAGCCAUUCCCUGACCUGCUUUUAUUUCUCUUCUAUGAGUGAAGGAAAGAGUUCAGUAUUUCUGUAAUUAUCUGUGCAUUUAUUUUUAAAGCUUUGUCAAAAAAAAAGAGAACAGAUCUUCAAAAUCAGCAGCUUGUAGCAGACAGAGGUGCUCCAUCACCACCCAACAGCAAUAAGUGUGGAGUUAACGCUGGGCGGGAGACGUUUACUGGAACUGGAGUCCUUUAUAGACCUUCAUGAUGCUUUUUACAUCUAAGGGUUAAUGUUGCAUUUUCACAAGCAUCAUAUCAUAAAACCUAUUGUUUGAUUUGUAUUUAUUGCUGCUUGGUGGUUGUGUGAGACCAAUACCUUUAUCUAAUUUCCCAGCUAAGAAACAGUUGUUUCCGCCCGACUGGGUAAAAUGGACGUCACAGUGAUUUAACUAUAGUUUCAGGUGUGUUUCCUAUUUGCUGCGGAGGCAGUCGUCUUGAAAUCAAAUGUAAAUAAGAAACGUGCCUAAGAGGGAUUAUUUCUGGCCUCAGUGAUUAUGUUUCCCCUAAACUGUGUUGGGGACUUUAUAUCUUUUUAUUUCUGUACAAAGUAAAACUAGGUUCACUUUUGAAGACAGAAGCUGAUGCAUGAAUGAAGAUGUUCACAUGUCUGUGUGUGUGUGCAUGCUGGGUGGUGGUCAUACCCAUGUACAGACAUACAACCAUAAGAGACAACAUGCAUAAACGCUUUUCUAGUAUAAAUACACUAAAAAGAAGGAACAUGUGCCUUUACGCUUUAAAAAAAAUACUGUAAUUCAUUUUUGAUGGUCAACACAAUGUUUUUUAAAUUGUUUUUAUGGUGUAUAGCAACCAUUUUCUAUUACCUGACCUUUUUGUAAGAGUAGAAUAAAAAUAAACACUCCAAGACGUUUGUUCA